AUGCCCGUUAUGUGUUCUCUCAAAAGCCUUGCAACUGAAAUCAUGAUCCAAGUCAUCGAUUCUAUAGACGACACACCAUCUGUCAGUCGGCUUUCUCGUACAUCGCGACAUCUGCAUUGUGUCGCAAAUACCAUCCUCUAUCGUAGAGCAAUAGAAGACCCUACAGCUCUGGCAUGGGCCGUAUCUCAUGACAGGCCCGAUGUCGUGCAUGGGAUACUGGGCCACCAGGCUGAUCCGCAUCGCUUUGCUGCUAGCUUCGAACUGAACAUCCUCCUCCAUCAGGCAUUGGUGCGCGCAAGUUUCAAGACAGCCAACGCCCUGCUAGAUGUGGGUGCCGAUGUGGUAUACAGCAGUGACUCUCGACGACGUUCGUCUUGUCAGAAAACGAUCGGUUGGCUUGCGAAUGGCACUUGCCCUCUGCUCGGCUCACUGGCGCUCGCGGCAAGCAGUCGCUUCCACAUCGGAUUCUGGUAUGAUCCCAAUUGCGGCUACUCCUCGGAGCGGCAGUUCUGGGACUGGAAAAAAAUGGCAAUGGAGAAGAUUCUUAAGAAGCUUGCCGCACCAGUUUUCCGGGACCAGAGCGUGGUCGCAAAUGAACCAGACCGCACUGAAUACCAGAGAGAGCUUGACUAUGCCCUCAUCGAGGCUGCGAAAGCGGACGCUCAUUCAUCAGAAGUGAUGGAGUUCCUUCUCGAAGCUGGUGCGGACAUUAACAGUGAGGUGAAUUCACAGAUCGUCGGACAGGCUUGGUAUAAUGCUCUUGACGAAGAAGUACCGAGUCUCUUUAGAUCAAAAGUGGAAUUCCUCAUUCAACAUGGCGUCGAUCGUACGAGAGUUUGGUCGCCGUUGGAAGGUUUACAAACAUCACUGCAAUUUAUCCUGACGAAACUCCAUCGUUGUUGCCGGUACACGACUGAUGGCAGCUUGUCCAUACCUAAAGCUCUGUAUUUCAUGGACUUUCUUGCGUCUCGCGGAUGUCUGCGCUGGCCAAAAGUCACCGACAUGUCUAUGGACCACCAUGGAAACAAUCAUCUCUCAAUAGCCAAUUUUGAUGAAAACGAGGCCGGGGCACAAGAGUUGAAUGUCAUUUUCUCUGAUACGGACGUGUCAAUUCGGCCGCUUCAGCGAGCGCUUUGUCAACAUAUUCUUCAGCAAGUGCUUCCUCUAGCAGAACGCCGGAUGGCUCCGCUUCAAUUGCCUUUAGCCGUUAUGCGGUUAGAUGACUUGUACGAGGCAUGGGUUUGCGGGUCAAAUGAUUCUGCGUGA